AGUCAAACGCCGACCAUUGUCCUCUCCGGGUGUUCGCAAGUUAGUAGGAGUCACUGAGUUCUCUUUUCACGUGAGCAUCUGCGGCGGAAAUUUUAAGCGACAUGACUCCGAAAUCGAUCGAUCUCACUGAGUUCUCACAACAGAACGUGCUUUUUAUGCGAACAUAAAGAUCGUUUUCGGAACAAUAUUUGUGGAAUUAACUGAUCCCUGAUUGCUGAGCGUAGAAAAAUCAUUCCAGCAUCUUCUGAUAGGCAUUGUAUGGAUCUCAAGACAGACACCCAGGCGAGGCCUGGUAUGGCCACUGUAAAUGCAGCAGGUCCCUUGCCUUGUGGUGGCACUGCCAACUGUGCAGCAUGCCAAAAGCCGAUCCGAGAGCGGUUCCUUCUGAAGGCACUGGACCAGUUCUGGCACGAAGAUUGCCUCAAGUGCGCUUGCUGCGAUUGCAGGCUUGGAGAAGUUGGAUCCACUCUCUUCACCAAGGCCAACCUUAUCCUCUGCAAGAGGGACUACCUCAGACUGUUCGGUACAACUGGACUCUGUUCUGCGUGCAAUAAGACCAUCCCAGCUUUCGAGAUGGUGAUGAGGGCGAGGGGCAAUGUAUAUCACUUAGAGUGCUUCGCUUGCCAACAGUGCAAUCACAGGUUUUGCGUUGGCGAUCGCUUCUACUUAUAUGACAACAAGAUCUUGUGCGAAUACGACUACGAAGAGCGGGUCCUCUUCGCUUCACUUCCCUUCACCUGCUCUGGGCUGGCCCAGCUGAAGCGGCAGGUCAGUCAACAGAUGACGUCAGAAACCGCUGUCCGGGACGACGGAUCCAGCGGAUACGGCAGUGGCGAUUCGCCUUAUGACGGACGGUAGCAAUUCAUGAACAAGGUUUGCGCACGGACUGCUUCCAGUGGCGUAGGCCGGAGAAAUGUCCCAUAACUUUUUUUUUCAUUUUGGACAAAACUUGCAAGUUUGAACUAGCAGACGACAAACUUUUAUGAUAUCAAAAUAUAACUCUUGACGUUACGUGCAUCUUGUGAAAAGCCAAGGCAAUGCAAAGAGUGGAAUAUAUCAUUGUGCUUUAAAACAAUUUUGAAGUAUUAUCUGUGUUGAGUUUGAGAGAUUUGAAUCGACGCAAAUACAGACGAAUGAAGCACUGAGUGAUAAAGAACUUUGUCUAAUAAUUUGUUAAUAUUUAGAAAAGAAGAUUUUUGUAAAAAAGGAAUUUUGAUGGAUGAAAACUAAGAAAAAAGUGCUCCACAUAAUGAUUCAGAUAAAGUUGAGUGCCGAUUAACCGGAUCGAUCAAAGGCCAUGCAACUUCUUUUUUUUUUCUUAUCCGCCUUCUUCUGUUUUUUUUUUUUUUUUUAAAUCUUUAGAUUAUGAUAAAUGCUACACCAUUUGUGAUAUGCACUACUAGAACAUAGUCAUAUUACAUUCCCCCCAGGAAUGUUCAGGAGGAUGUAGUGCCCUUCUCAUUUAAGUUAAAGUUCAAUGCGCCCUGCCCCUUUUUUGAACCUUUGAAGUUUAAACAGAACUUCAUCAUAAAGCAAACUUUUUUUUUCGAAAGGUCAAGAUUAAUCCCAGUCUGUCCUUAAACGUAAUUGCCUUGUUUCCCUCAUAGUUUGAUCCAAGUGUAAAUCCGAUUAUAUAGUAUAACAAAAAGUGAAAAAUGCGCUUUUUUUACUGCAAAACUUCUAUCCAAAAGGGCCCUUUUAAUUGAAUAAAAGUGUGAUUUUUUCUAAAAUCACCCUGCCUCCUUUUUUUUUUGGUUUGGGGGGGGGGGGGACAUUAUCUAAAUCUGGUAAAAGUAAAGGGAAGUUGCCUAAAAAAGCAUUGCCAUCGACUUUUUUUCCCGCCUUAUUCUACUGUUUUUGUUUUUUCAUUUUUUAUCUUUUUAUAUGGAAUUUUAAAAAGAAUUGUGCUAAAAGCUACAUUAUGCCACUACUAGAAAGCCUUUUUUUAAAAUUUUCACUAAUUCGUCAAUUAUCCGUAGUUUUCACUAACCGGAUCUGUCUCUGUCCCGAACGAUCCAGAUAAUCGGCACUUAAUUGUAUUUGUUAAAAUAACAAUUAACAAAAUAAUAUUAAUAAUUGUCCGAUGAAGCUAAAGAACAUUGAAUUGUCUGAAGUUAUACAUUAACGCUACAUUCCACCUGUGGUGGACUGAUCAGCCUUAAAAAUGUAUUUUAUAAAAAGGAAAUUUUUCUCAUUAUUUAAUGGAACAAACGAUAGAUUUCUAAUAGCAUUGUUUGAAAGGAUUAAAACAGUAAAUACUUGUUGAAAAUAGUGAACAUGAAAGUGCAGCAAGCUUACUUUACUGCAAUUUUUUUUUACAAAAAAUAACUAUUAGUAAUUAUAAUUAAAAUAAUUAUUAAGUUAAACUUUUUUUUAUAUAACUUUUAAGCGCAAAACACUUUCUGAUAUUCGUGAUAAAGGUAUGUACCGGUAUUCCAUGCAAUUAGGAACCACAUUUUUCCGAAUGUAAAAAUUAAUAGUGAUUGCAAAGAAAAAAAUAUUUCUAUGAUGAAUAUGUUUUAAAAUUAUUCCACAUUAUCUUCAAUACGAAACAAAUAUUUCAUUUUUCACAAAAUAAGCAAGUAUUCUAUCAGCAAUCAAAAAAUGUUUUAGCAAAACGAGUCGUGUGUAUUUCUUUUUUAAUUUUACAUUAUUAGCCGUUGAUGUGCAUUAUAUUUUUAUAAAAUGACAUAAAUAAGUUUGACUAAAUAUUUUGGUUAAUGCUUUAAAAAUAUUAAUGCAUAUUUAUUUACUUAUUAAGUUAAAAAUAGUGUUGGAUGUUUAAGUCAUUCAAUAAUGGUUUUUUUUUACGAAGAGACCUUUCCUUUAAAACUUAUGAUUAGUCUAAGUUAUAAAACGCUUGUAAACGAAGUAAACUCAAUCUAUCGAAAACAUAGCCCACUGUCAACCGUUACGUACACUACACCGAGGCCCUUGCUCCCAAAUUUUACAGAGAGGGGGGCAAAGUUUACCUUCUCCAUGUAAAUUUUAUAUAAAAAAAAACACCCAUAUAAAUCAAUUAAUAGUUUAACCAAAUAUUAGUUUCUCAAAGCCGGGGAGGGGAGGCAAUUUCCCCUUUCUGAUCCCUAUAAUAUAACGAGCCUGAAAAUAACCUCUUAGGCAUGCUUGAAAUCGGUGUUUUAAAAACUUGCAUUAAUUUUGACUCAAAAUUUACUCGGAAAUUGUAAAGUAAAUCAGAUAACUAUUUACUGUCUGACCACGGAUUGUAUGGAAAGACAAACAACCGUUUUACAGUCGGAAAUGAACGAAUCUAUUAUUUUUUUAGCGAUGCCAGCUUUUGCAGAAGCAGAGUCUCAUUCCAAUGAGCGGAAUACCGGCAUCAAAUUUUUACUUUCCCCCCUCAUUCAGAUAAAUUCGUCUUAUCUGGACGUUUGAAAAUUCCAUACAAUCCGUGAUCGGACAGUAAUUAGUUGAAACAAUAAAAGAGUACAGGGUCCAAUAUUUAAAGGUUUACCAUUCACAUUUCAUUCGAAAAAAUGGAUGCCAAUUUGGAAUACAGUUUUAGGCAAUUAUUGCAAGGAUGGAAUUUUGUUACAAGCCCCUGGAAAAAAAUGAACAUAAUGUUUUAUUGCUUCCGAAUAUCGUCUGCGCCGUAAUCUGGAAACAUAAAUGGUGGAUCGAUACGUCAUUCCAAAAGCGGAACCAUAAAAAAUAUAUUUAAUAUUACAUGAAAUGGUAAUGGCUCCGACUACAAUAUCUCCGCUUGUGGAACACGGGAAAGAAUAAUUAUUACAAAGUUCUGGAUAAUAACAGUAAUAUACUCUUUAAUUUCUUUUCCGUAUAAUCUUUUAUUCUAUGUCUGUUUUAUCAUUUUCGAAAUGAUGCAUAAUCUACAUUAAUUCCAAGGCUUUUUUUUUGGUAAUGUCAUACUUCCGAAAUUAAUUAAACACUUUCCCUAAAAGCGCUUCACGUUAAAACUUGAUAUUUAGAAUUGUUCGAAUGGGGUUGUUUCCUUCAGUCAAAAGUACUACUUUUAGUCAUUGAAAUGGAUAGAAUGAGCAAAAAAAAAAAAAAAAAUGAAUUUUGGCAUCUUGAAUUCAAACUAUGUUUUUCGCAAUCACGUGUUUUUGCUUGUGUGCAGGCAUGUGUGUGGGUAUGUGUGUAUGUAGGCGUGUGUGUUUGUGUCUGUGCGCAGGCGUGUAUGUGGGUAUGUGUGUGUGUAUAUAUGUGUAUGUGCGUGUAUAUGUGUGUAUAUGCGUAUAUAUGUGUAUAUGUGUGUGUGUGUAUAUGUGGAUAUAUGUGUGUGUGUGUAGGCAUGCGUGCGUGUAUGUAUGCGUGUAGUAUGUGGACGCAAUCUGGAGAAGGUUUUCGCUAGAGGAGCAGCAUCGUGAGGCCGGUCGACGGUGGUGCUGCAGAGGGUGCUGGCGGGAAAAUAAAAUGAUAGGACCUAAAAAACAGUCAAGUGAGAACAAUAAACAGUCGUGAUUGCUCAAAAAAAAAAAAAAAAAAAACAUGGACCCAGAAAAUACUUUCAUUUUCUCAACAGUUUUUUUUUAAUUGAUUUUUUUAAAUGUCCUAUUUUUUAAACAAGGCGUGGUCUUUAUGACGUCCAAAAUGAUGCAAUUUGCCGCAUCUUUCUACUACGUUUCCAUGUUAUGAUAGUCAAGCAGCGAAUUAAAAUUGCGCUCUAUGCUUGCUACCAAUCAUAUCGUUGCCAAUACACGUGAAUAAAGAUGCGAAUUAAAUAUUUUGUACUGUGAAUGGCAACAUAGAAUGGCAUUUCGUCAUUUGUGACGUCAUCGGCAAGAAAUGUAAGCAAUAAAAGCGCAACGAUUUAAGUAAUUUUUUAAAAAUAUUAAACUUAAACAACUUAUUUUAAAAAUGGUUAAAUCCUACGUUUUAAAGCAUGUUCUUUCAGAAAAAAAAAUCCUUUAAAAAUUUGGGAAACGACCCCAUUGCAAGCUGGUGAGAAUCGAAACUGUGUUCAUACCUAAAACAUGAUUCAAUAGGAAUUAAUUUUUUAAUAAAUUAUUUGAUUCACCAUGACAACGAACUUUGGUUUUUCAUUGAGUAAAACGACUUGGUGUUGAUAAAUACGGGGGGGGGGGGAUUUUUCGGCAUCGACUUUUUUAAAGCUCAUUUUGGGUAACAUUAAGGCAGUCUUCAGUGAGUGUCCUCCGUAAAUGUUUGUAGAUUAAUAAAUGCUGUUUUAGUGUAGCUUUUUCAGCGUUUGGGGGUGUGGGGAGGAAGCUUAAGUGUUUUCCCUCCGAAAACUCUUCAAAGCUCAAAUUCAUGCUAUUUUAGGUGGCGCAAGGGUAAAGGAGGAUUUUCCGGGAGAAAAAACGAAACUAUUAUCAUUAGGUCGCAAAUUUAGGUCAUCUUUGGCAAGGGGAUUCCUUCCAGAAAUUUUUGCCAAGUUGAAUCUUCAAAAAAGUUUUUCAAGCAAUCUUUGUAGACUUCCAAUGAGGACUAUCAGAAAAAUUCGGAUUGACUAAUUUUUUUAAUUUUUUUUAAUUGGAGUGUAAAAAAUUCAAUUAUCCGCACCUUUUACUGGUGUAAGUGUUAAAGAGGUUGAUUUCGUGGAAAAAGUUCCGAAACGAGGCUCUUAA